UUAAAACAAAAGUGAAAGCUAAAGAAAAAAAGUGAGUGAUGAUUCUCUCCAAAGUCCCAUGACAAGCCAUCAUUGUGUUUCCAUCUCAACUUUUUCUUUACCAUAAACAAAGCUGACAACGUAAGCUCUUCAUCAUUCAUCAGCUCUAUGGCCCUCUCACCUCAAUCCGUGCCGGAAAAUCCCUUUGAUUUCCGUGCUCCGCCGCCUUCUCCCGUCGCCAGUGGCCGCCGCUCCUGCGUCACCAAUGAUGAGGUUCUCUCUGAAUUCCUCCAACAUUCUCUGUUCGUCCCUGAUUUAAUUUUGCCAGACAAGGUUUUCCCUAGGCAGAAAUUCAUUGACAACCCCCCCAAGAUUGAUUUCCAGGCUUUGAAUUCCAUGCAAACUGAAACUCUGCCCAAGAUUCUGGAUUCCAUAGCUACAAUCGGAUGCUUUCAGUUAGUGAAUUAUGGGAUUCCAGUGGAAUCUAUCCGAUCAGCACUGACAGCCGCUGCCGGGAUUUUUCAACUUCCACCCCAGAAAAGGACGACAGUGACUAGGUCGCCGGAGAAACUAUACGGGUUUGAGGAAGUUCACGAGGAAGAUGAAGGUGAAGUGAGUGAAGAGUUUGUGUGGUGUAAAGCUAAAGCCCUGGAACUGGCAAUGGAGGGAAUUUGGCCUGUUGGAUAUUCAAAUUUCAGUGAGAAAAUGGAAACUCUAGUGGCUGAAAUGGAAAAAGUGGCGGAGAAAAUUCUGACUGUUUUCCGGGAAAUUUACCAAGAAAAAACAGGACGUUGCGAAAAGGAAAAGAUGGAAGGGGAAGAUGGGAAUGGGUGGGCAUGCUAUGUUUACAAACAUGGUGGGAAUGUUUCAGCGGAGAAAUGGCGUAGCUGUUUACGAUACGAUGUGAUGAAAAUGUUGAUAGGAGGGAUGGAUUAUUCGCAUACAUUGUGCUUGCAUAUCUGUGAUGGAUCCUCCGAGUUUCAUGUGUAUUCCAAGAAAGGUUGGGUGUCGUUUUGCCCUCAUAAACAUGCCUUGGUCGUUACAGUUGGGGAUCAAACUCAGACGCAGUCUUGCAUGCUGACUUACUCAUUUUUUACACACUGCUUCAAACGACGUUUAAAUUCCUACAUCAAGGCACUAAGUGGUGGACAAUUGAAGCAUGUAAUUGGAAGGCCAAUCUAUAGAGGAGAGGAAGAAGAGUUCAUAUCAAUGGCAUUCCUUUACUCUUCUUCAACCACCAACAGCAGGCUUGUUGACCCACAAAAGCCGAACACCAUUUCACUUUCCCAACAGGCCAUUGCUGCUAUACUUUUCACUCUUCUAUACCAAAUUUUAGUCUAUGUUUACUACAAAUUCUAAUUUUGAUGUUGUUUAACACUAUUCAUCCAUCAACCAAUUUCCUUUUCAUCUAUAUUAUUUAUUUAUAAUAUAUAUAAAAGUACAAGUUUGAACCA